AUGCCCGGAGACCAGGCGCCACUUGCGGCGCACCCGCACCAGCUCGGGACCGCUACCGGUGGACCGGGUGCAGAUUUUGCGACUUUGCUGCGCGACACACUUGUGGCUCCGUUUCUGGACAAAGUCGAGGAGGUGCAGGGGGACGGUCUUCUGUAUUUCGUUUUGGCCGAUAUCGGAAUCGGCGGCCACGGCUACGUCUUUCCCAUCGACAGAUACAGCGUCACGCGAGGGGCGUCUGGCGCUUUGGUUCGCAGGCCGGCAGGACGUGUGUACUCGGUUUGGUUUUUCCGCGGCGACGGGGAUCUCAAUGGUGGGGAUUCGCCCACGUUGCAGCAGCUGCAGGCCAAGUGGGAAAGGGAGACGGACAACGAGCCAGAUCACGUUCUCCUUGGACCAUUCCGGGCGCGCUUCGACUCACUGGAGAAUGUGCAGCGCUUCAUCGAGAACUGUAUCGUCAACAUGAUUAGGGAGCGCGCGUACAGGGGAGGAGAAGAGCAACCUGAGGGCAUCACGAAGUUCGAUGAGAUGCCGUUGGGACUGUUUGUUGUGGACCGCCGAACCCCCGAGAACCACGUGGCGCUGUUGGCCGGGCCAAGCGCCUACCGCAUGCCCGUUCUCGGUGAGCUUGCUGGGUUUUUAAAACUCAUGGAUGGCUACCAGUCACCACCGCCAGACGGGUUGUAGCAUCAAUGCUGCCAGAACUGUGGUAGUGGUGCUCUGUGCCCACACAGCUCGUCCUCGUGCUCGCGGGAUCUCCUGGUUGGAGUAAAAAGACCCGAUUCUCAUUUCCGGCGCAUGUUGAUCUUUGUGGUUCCACGCCCUGCAGUCCUCGAGGGGUCAUCUUGAUAUGAAGCCAUUAUGUCCUGGUUUGGACUCGUCCCACCUCGCAGAAAACACAACGAUUUGAGCUUGUAGAUUUGAGCUUGUAGAUGUGGGUUGGUGGCUGAACAAAGACAAAAGACGAACCAACUCCAAGUGCUGGGCUCCCCAAGCUUCCUCUUGGAAGUAGAGAU